UCCUUCCAUCUGUUUGCUUUUGUGCCGCUUGCAGGACACACACCAACGCCUCGCCAAACCCCGCCCGGCCUCUUGCAUCCCAAGCACCAAAAGCUUUACUCGCCAGAACUCUCCGCGUUCAUCUUUUUUCCCUUUCCCCCCUCUCUCCCAAAAAGCACUCUACCCUGAUGGUUGUUGAUUUUGCCACCUCUACCCCCACUCCUUCCGCCGCCAUUGACAGCAGCACCACCAAGCCUACCACUACGACCCUGAUGAAGGGUGGUCUUUUCGCCGACACGACCACCACCACCGCCACCGACAACUUUGAGUUGCCCCCGAUCACCCCGAUCGCCUCCGGAACCUCCAUCCCCAAGCUCCUCCGUGCCCACGCUGCUGACUCUGAGGACCAUGAACCCUUUUACAUUAUCGACGUCGGCCAGGUUGCCCGCAAAUAUGACCAGUGGGUUGCGGCCUUGCCUCGCGUAGACCCCUUCUAUGCCGUCAAGUGCAACGGCGACAAGACCAUCCUCAAGCUGCUUGCCAAGCUCGGCACUGGCUUUGACUGCGCCUCGAAGGCCGAGAUGGACACUGUCCUCAAGAUGGGCGUCCCCGCCGACCGCAUCAUCUAUGCCCACCCCUGCAAGAUGGCCUCGCACGUCAAGUUUGCCUCGCAGAACAACGUCCGCAUGAUGACGUUCGACAACGAGCACGAGCUGCACAAGAUGAAGGAGCUCUACCCCAACGCGCGCCUCGUCCUCCGCGUGCUCACGGACAACUCGCGCUCGAUCUGCAACCUUGGCCUCAAGUUUGGCGCCGCGCUUGCCCGCGUCCCGCACAUGCUCCAGCUCGCCAAGGACCUCGAGCUCGACGUUGUUGGUGUCAGCUACCACGUUGGCUCUGGCUGCUUUGACGCCCAGGCCUUUGCCGACGCUGUCGCCGUCGCCAAGACCGUCUUUAACAUUGGCGCCGAGCUUGGCUUCAAGUUCAACCUGCUCGACCUGGGCGGCGGCUUCCCCGGCUCGGACAACGUCAACGUCAAGUUUGACGACAUUGCCUCGGUUCUCCGCGUCGCCCUCGACAAGCACUUCCCCGCUGCCGAGAACAAGGACUUGCACAUUAUCGCCGAGCCUGGCCGCUACUUUGUCUCUGCUUCGCACACCCUGGCCGUCAGCGUUGUUGCCAAGCGCACGAUCGUCCUCCCCACCACCAACGGCGAGACCAACGACGCCAACAGCGCUGCCAACCAGGCCGCCAUGGCCUCGGCCUCGGCCUGCCCCGCUGCCGCUGCUGCCGCCGCCAUGGCUGCCGCCCAGGGUCGCGCUGCCGAUGGCGCCCCCACCUUCAUGUACUAUGUGAACGACGGUGUCUAUGGCUCGUUCAACUGCAUUCUGUUCGACCACGCUGUUGUUGCGCCCCGCGUCCUCGUCAGCGGCAACCUCGGCGUCGUCGCCAUGGACUCUGACUCUGAGUCGGAUUCCGAGGAGCGCGCCGAGUCUGGCUUUGCCUGCUCCAUCUGGGGCCCCACCUGCGACUCGAUGGACUGCAUCACCAAGACUGGCCGUCUGCCCGAGCUUGCCAUCGGCGACUGGCUCUACUUUGAGGACAUGGGCGCCUACACUGUCGCUGCCUCCUCGACCUUCAACGGCUUCCCCAAGCCCAAGCUCAUGUACGUCAACUCGGAGUCCCACCGCAACCUGCUCUAAACUGGCUCGAGUGGCAACAAGCAAGUGGCGUUUCCCCCCCCCCCCUCCCCCUCUGCAUUCUUUUUGCGAGGCUUUUUGCUGCUG